CAGUGUACUAGCUGAUCUCCCAGUUGUCACCGUUUGGCCUUGUGUUCCACAUAGCCUAUAUCAGUAUUUGAGUAUGUUUCCCGCGCACGGUAGGUGCUUUCACGUCACCUUUGAAAUCGCUCCUCCCUAGUCCCCUAGAACGAGCGCCCUCCCCUUUGCAACGCCUCCGAACAUAUCACAGAGGCGCGCUUUCUGUGCCGCUGGCCUCAAUCAGGUCGACCAAACGCAGAUAAUAUCGCUCCACGCACCGUUGCUGAAGUCAUUCAUUCACUUGAACUCAACUAGCGAACACACCAUGUCUGGAAGAGGCAAAGGCGGCAAGGGACUCGGAAAAGGAGGCGCCAAGCGUCACCGCAAAGUUCUCCGCGAUAACAUCCAGGGAAUCACCAAACCCGCUAUCCGCCGUCUGGCUCGUCGCGGCGGCGUGAAGCGUAUUUCCGGUCUGAUCUACGAGGAGACCCGCGGUGUCCUGAAGGUGUUCCUGGAGAACGUGAUCCGUGACGCAGUCACCUACACCGAGCACGCCAAGAGGAAGACCGUUACCGCUAUGGACGUGGUCUACGCUCUGAAACGUCAGGGACGCACCCUGUACGGUUUCGGCGGUUAAAGUCACUCUCUUCGGAACCACAACACCCCGACUCGAACCCAAAGGCUCUUUUAAAAGCCACCCACUCUGUCAGUAAAAAGAGCAUUUCCAUCGCCACCGAAUGAAUGCGCAGGUAGGCUGCGUUACAUUGUAGGACCGCGGUUACAUUGUAUCAUUGUUUAAUGGGCGGCGCGCGCCGGCUCGGAGAACGGCUACAUUGUAUCAUUUCCCCCGCCCGGUCCAGCGUAGGGGUUUAGCACGCCUUUUUUGUUGUCUUUGCACGCUGAAUAGUAACCCAUGUUUUUCGGCCUCCAUUCCAGGUGAAGGCAAUGUAAAAUGGCACCAUUUGACAAAGGGUGUAAAUAAAAAAGCAGUCUGUUGGGUUUGAAUGGAAAGAAAUGCCUUUUGUCGUUUAAUGAGCGGAUAGUCAUUUUGAGUCGACUUCCUGAAUCGGUAGGACACGGACGGAGAGAAUGGACGCUCCAUCAUUGGACUAUACCCUAAUGAUGUGAAUGAGAACGAUAAUGGCAAGAAUAAAAAGGGGGUGAAUAAUCCCGUCUAGGAAGAAUAGG